UCCAUCGUCCAGUGAGAAGGGGACUGAAAUGUUCCCUCACACGUCUCCUUCUCUCUCAUACGGAGUCUCUUACCAGUCGGCGAUUUCAUCUCUCCGGCCAUGAAACCUCUCUCUUCAUCUCUUCUCCGUCCAAUGCCGCAACCUCUCUAGGUUUCCGAAAUUCCGAUUCCUUUGUUCUCUCCUCUCCCCUCUCGCCGGAGACGCUCGCCGUCCUAUGCUCUGUCUCUGUAAAUCUCUAUCCCUUUUCCAGCUCUUUCUGUUUCUCUCGGCGUAAGGUUAUUGGCGCGAGGGAGUGAUCGAGGCGUGAUCGUGUUUGUUUUGGAGAUCGCAGGUUCUGGUUUUCUUCGGUAGCUGGGUGUUUUCUCCAAGGUGUCGAUCAGUUUGGUUGAUUGAAAAAAUUUACUGUUCAAGCAGUUUUUGGAGCUUGACAGCGAGGAUUUUGGUUUUCGAGCGAGAAACUCCUGUGAGAUUUUGUGUUAAUUUCUUACGAAGAUGCUGGAUCUUAACCUCGAAGCUGAUUCGCCCGAGUCGACUCAGUAUGGCGACUCGUACGCGGAUAGGCAUACGUCGGACGGCUCAGGGAAUCGAAUGGAGGAGUCUGCGACGUCGACCUCGUCGCUAGUCAAUGCCGACGCCUCCAACAACGGUGGAGGAGACUAUGACUCCUGCUCCACGCGUGCCUUCACUCUCAGCUUCGGCAUAUUGAAAGUCGGAGGCGGUGGAGUAGAUGAAAGCGCGGCAGCCGUGGUGACCAAGGACCUCUUCCCAGCCUCCGGCGACUGUGGGCGGCUUAGAGAUUUCGGUGGCAUGAACUCCAGAACCUGGAUCGAUCUCUCGCCCGAUGGUGCUGGAAGCGGUGUGAAGGCGAUGCCACCGGCACCGGUACCAGCGCCGGCGACGGCGCAGGUGAAGAAGAGCAGGAGAGGGCCGAGGUCGAGGAGCUCACAGUAUCGAGGGGUUACCUUCUACAGGAGAACUGGGCGAUGGGAAUCGCAUAUUUGGGACUGCGGGAAACAAGUCUAUUUGGGUGGCUUUGACACUGCACAUGCCGCGGCCAGAGCCUACGAUCGAGCUGCUAUCAAGUUCAGAGGCGUUGAUGCUGAUAUCAACUUCACUCUUAGUGAUUACGAGGAAGAUAUGAAACAGAGCCUAACCAAGGAAGAAUUUGUGCACAUACUACGCCGCCACAGCACCGGUUUCUCGAGGGGAAGUUCAAAAUAUCGAGGGGUCACAUUGCAUAAAUGUGGCAGAUGGGAGGCUCGGAUGGGGCAGUUUCUUGGCAAAAAGUAUAUAUACCUUGGGCUGUUCGACAGCGAAGUAGAAGCUGCAAGGGCUUAUGACAAGGCAGCUAUCAAAUGCAAUGGUAGGGAUGCCGUCACCAAUUUCGAGCCAAGCUCAUAUGACGAGAGCGAGAUGAUGGCCGAGGCCAGCAACGAAGGUGACUGUGAACUCGAUCUCAACCUCAGAAUCUCUCUCGCUUCCGGAAGUCCCCCGAAACAGAAAGGGAGGUGCUUUCAGUUACCCUCGGAACCUCACGACAAGAGGGAGGGAAGAGCAAAGGGGAAGAGAGAGAGUGGUGAGUGGGGAUGGGAGAGGAUGAGCUCCACACCACCAUUGUUCUCUGCAGCAGCAGCAGCAGCAUCAUCAGGAUUCUCAUUUUCCCACAACAAUCCCUCCCUUGGUUUCCACUUCUCCCGCCCCAACUAAAUAUAUACAUAUAUAUAGUUAGUUAUAUUGAUAUAUUUUCGAGUGGUUAUGAACGAAUGGAUGGUUUUGUCUAGUUGCUGAAAUUAACAUUGACCUCAGUGUGACAGUGAUUUGUGGGGGUGUGGCAAAUUUGGCUGCCCCUUCCGAACCCCCAAAGGAUAUUCGGUAAUCCUCCAAAGGAUAUAUUAUCAUAUUAUUGUUCAUGUGUC